CGGCGGCGGGAGGAGGGUGUUUUGCCGCCUUCGUCCUCGGCUCAUAGUUUCCCUACCAAUGGGCCUUGAAAACCUACUGCUGCUACUACGGAGCUAGGCAGUCACUAUCUCAGCUCUAUGAUGUCCGUUCUUCCACUAGAACCUUGCCUGAGCGACUGAGGUAACCGCGCCCCGCAGGCAGUCUGCCAACAGGAUUGCUCAUGAAAGUAUUCUUUUUAAGACAAUUAAAAACCAGUGGGAUGGAACGAAAAUGCUUCAGACGUCCUGGGUUCACCCCACCAGCGCUGUACACAUUUCUGCUGGGGGUUAUAUUCAUUACUUUAAGUUCAAGUCGCAUCUUACUGGUAAAAUACUCUGCCAAUGAAGAGAACAAGUAUGACUACCUCCCUACUACAGUGAAUGUGUGCUCAGAGCUGAUGAAGCUGGUUCUCUGUAUGCUUGUGUCACUCUGUGUCAUAAAGAAAGAAGAGCGUCAAAGUAGACAUUUGAGGUGUACUUCUUGGAAAGAAUUCUCAAGUUUCAUGAAGUGGUCUGUUCCUGCCUUUCUCUACUUCCUGGAUAAUUUGAUUGUUUUCUACGUCCUGUCCUAUCUUCAGCCGGCCAUGGCUGUUAUCUUCUCGAAUUUUAGCAUUAUAACAACAGCUCUUCUAUUCAGGGUAGUGCUGAAGCGGCAUCUGAACUGGAUCCAGUGGGCUUCCCUCCUGAUCCUGUUUCUGUCUAUUGUCGCCCUGACUGCCAGCACCAAAACUUCUCAGCAUGACUUGGAAGGACAUGGAUUUCAUCAUGAUGCCUUCUUCACCCCAUCCAAUUCCUGCCUUCAUUUCAAGAAAGAAUGUUCCCUAAGAGACAAUUGUACAGCAAAGGAGUGGACUUUGACCGACGUCAAGUGGAACACCACAGCCAGAGUUUUUAGCCACAUCCGUUUGGGCUUGGGCCAUAUUCUGAUCAUAGUUCAGUGUUUCAUUUCUUCAAUGGCCAAUAUCUAUAACGAGAAGAUCCUGAAGGAGGGGACCCAGCUCACUGAGAGCAUAUUCAUACAGAAUAGCAAGCUUUAUUUCUUUGGCAUUGUUUUUAAUGGGCUGACCCUGGUCCUUCAGAGCAGUAACCGUGAUCAGAUUCAGAACUGUGGCUUUUUUUAUGGCCACAAUGCAUUUUCAGUAGCCCUUAUUUUUGUGACUGCCUUCCAAGGCCUUUCCGUGGCUUUUAUCUUGAAAUUCUUAGAUAACAUGUUCCAUGUCUUGAUGGCCCAGGUGACAACAGUCAUCAUCACAGCAGUGUCUGUCCUGGUCUUCGACUUCAGGCCCUCCCUGGACUUUUUCCUGGAAGCCCCAUCAGUCCUUCUUUCCAUAUUUAUUUAUAAUGCUAGCAAGCCUCAAAAUCUAGAGUGUGCACCUCGGCAAGAAAGGGUCCGAGAUCUAAGUGGCAACCUCUGGGAGCGUUCCAGUGGGGAUGGAGAGGAGCUGGAAAGACUCACCAAAACCAAGAGUGAUGAGUCAGAUGAGGACACUUUCUAAUUGUACCUGAUUGGUUGACAGCUCUCCCAAACUGUGUUUGCACAUUUUCAACAUUUGUGGCAAUUGUCUUUUCUGAUAAACUGGUCGUGUUGAAAGCAUAAUACUCUUUACACAUAUCUAACCACUGUGUGAACAUCUCCGUCCAAGAUUUAUAGCAGCCACAGGGUGGCAGAGUUCUGAGACAUGAACAUAGGACUAUGAGUAACCCAAUACUUGAUGAGUCAACAGGAUACAUAUGCAGAUUUUUCUUCCUUGGCCUCCAGGUUCCAAAAAUCAUGUUAACUAUACAGAUAUGCAAAUGGAGACAGUUUGCCAGGUACUAAUCAUUAUGGCAUAUUGUCUGUGGUUCUCUCCUCCUCCUCCU